GCGCUUUUGAUUUCAACUAUUUUUUGACCCGGAAGUAAAUAUUUCGUUACCGAAUAUCUCCGAAGUAUCUCCAUCAGGAGAAUGUCUUCGAAAACUAGCCACUAAUAUCGUCCCAGUUGAGGACAAAAAUCUCUUAAAAGAAAUUUAUGAAAUGCAAGCAAGAGGACAUUCGUCCAUAUCACCCCCGGAACAAAUAAAUCAACCGAGACACGGAAAUCAGGUCUCAAACACACCUCCUCCACAAGCAACUCAGCAGUAUUAUCCCCAAGCUUUUCAACGCUUUGAAUAUAUAACAGGCCAGCAAGAUCAGUCAUUGCUGCAAUAUAAGGCAUAUGGCAGUGCCUUAAACGAACCAAGGGCACCAGGUAAUGGUGCUAGAGUUGGCAUUCCUCAAACUAACAUUCAACAACCUGCUGGUAAUUUCUAUCAACAACCAACUCAGACUAUGAGGCCUCCACAACCUCAGCAAGGCCCAGCUGCCCAGCAAGCUUUGCCUUUGCAGUAUUUUAUAAGUACACCUGCACAGCCCAGAACGAUGAGACCCCAACAGCCUAUGGCGCCAUCUACAACACUGGUCUAUAUGCCUCCACAAUCUUUUCCGGGAAAUAAUGUAGUCAUACCAGCUCCUAAUAUGUAUCAAAGAGUGCCACAGUAUCAGCAAGUUAGUUAUACCCAGUAUGCACCUACUAACUACAUGUAUUAUCAAAGUACAAAUGGAUGGCCCAAUGUUGGAAUACCCCAAGCUACAGCUAAUGCAAGACCAGAGAAUAGAGAGAAAAAAAUUUUAAGCAUUACAGAUCCUAAUACUGGAAAAGACAUCACAACAGAAAUAUUAAGUAGCAAAGGUCAUCAUGCUGAUAGUGAUGAACAUCGUGAAGAUGCUCCAACUAUGACUCCUGCUGAUCAAGAAAUACGUAAAACUUUUACAAAACUAGUAGCAGAUAGGUUAAACACACCUGAUGAAUCAAACAGUUCUUCUGCAUCAGAAACACAUUUGACUGUGCAUGUUCCUAGUGCUAUUACAGUAACUGCAACACAACCAAGUCAAUUUCAGCAAGGUAACCAGCAAGUGCCACACUCGCAACCAGCUUUAAAUUCUGGUCCAGUUUUACUUCCGCACACAAGACCUGCAUUAAUACACUCAUCAGGAUCUGCUACCCCUCCACAGGAAAUUUCGUAUGUUGUUGAUACAACUAUACCUCCCCCUAAUAUUCGCCCUCAAGCAACAGUGUACAAUGCUCAGCAACAGCAGCCACAUUUGGCCUCUCGUAUUGUACAACCCCAACCCCACCAGGCACCCCAGCAGAGAUCACAAUUGUCUCAUUCAAAUCAAGUUCAGCAGCAGUCUGCUCCCACCAUGCAAGCUGCUCAUUUGCCCCAGUCCAAUCAAAUGCCUCAAGUUACACAUACUUCAUCUAUUAAUGAUGUUACAAAACCUGUGCCUCUAAAGUCUAACACAGGUACUGAAAAGAUUGAAACAGAAACAUCAAGGGGGGACAUUCCUGUUUUCCAAGCACAGACCAUUAAAAUUGCAACUCCUUCACCCCAAAUUGAGAUCCAAUCAUCUCCAGUUCCGGAGUCAGAUUCUGAAAGUAAACCUGCAAUUUAUCCAGCUGAGCAGCCUGUUAAAGAAAAGGAAAUUUCAACAGGUGAAUGUGCUCAAACUAAUGAUGAACCUGUUUUAGAGGAAUCAUCAGUUUCCAAAGAUGGUAAAAAAAAUUCUAACAAUAAAAAGAAAAAAGAUAUCAACAGAAAAGAAAUAGCUGGUACAGAUAUGGAUGCCUUCAUUGAUUCAAGCUUACAAGUGGCUGAAACAGUUAAUUUAAGCAGUGAAUUUCAAGAAAAAGUUGGAAAAUGUGAAACUAAAAUUCAAAGCCUUCCUAUCUCAGAAAUAUCUAAAAAUAUCAAUGUAGGAAUUCGGCACAUUGAUUCUUCUAUUUGUAAUAUCGAAGGCUCAAAACAUAAUCCAGAAAUCAACAACAAUUUCAGUAAAGAUAACAUUGAAAAACAGACAGAUGUGCUUUUGCAGGUAGAGAGUAAACACAAAUUGAAGAAAAAGAAAAAGAAAAAAGGACGGAAAACACCCCCAAUUCAAAAAAGCAAACAGAGUACACCAUCUAAUGAAACAGUUGAGGCAACUUUACAUAGUGAGGAUCAGAGUUUAAAACCAACAAAUGAUACAUCUAUAACUGAGGAUAAAGAAAAUGAAACAGUGGAAUGUAUUUCUACCAAGCCUCCCAUUUCUCCACCAAUUGAUGAAAGCAAACAUGUUAAAGAUAAGGCCAUAGCAAAAGAUGUUAAAUCUUCAGAUGUCACUACUGAUACAACAACCAAAGAAAUAGUUAUUUCAUCAAGUGUAGCAACGGAUCGACAGAGUCAAAUUUUGGACAAGACACCUGAGACUGAUUUGGAGAAACCCUUGUCAGUGGAUCGUUCUAUAUCUCAAACUAUCAGUCAGCCAGUUGUGACAGAGAUUGAGCUUCCACCAGUUCAGAAUGAAGUUUUACAAAACAAUCAAACAGAAGAUAUCGAAGUACAAAACAAUGUUUUGACUAAAUCUUUAAUUGUAGAAAAAACAAAUGAAAAAAAUCUACAAAUCAAUAAAAUGACUAUUGAAAAUGACAUUUCUAAAGAACCGUUGUUUAAAAUCCCAGUUGAUGGGGAAGGAAAGAAAAAUGUCAAUGUAACAGAUAGUUCAACACCUAAUAAACCUAGUCCUGAUAGCUUGCCUAAAACUGAUGGAACAGAAGUGAGACGAUAUGACAGGGAUCAACUAAUACGAUUACGUGAUUGCCUAUUUUCCCAAACUAAGCCAAAGGGGUUGCCAAAUUUUGAAAUUAUUAUGGACAGUCCAAUUGAACCUGGUCGAAAUUCAUCAAUGGCAACAGAUUUCACUCCAAUUUUUGUUCAGUCAGCUCCCAACAAUCAGAGGCAUCCACCUUCAAUGGGAAAAACUAGUAGCAGGGGUCGACAGAGAGUUGGCGAAGCUACAAGAAUUAUAAAGCCAAUAUCAGCCAAUGAUAAACCCUUACACCAAAGUGAAAAACCAUGGAAACCUUCACCUAAACUUGUAUAUGCAGGAGAAAUAACAGAAAAGCGAAAAUCUUUGGAAUCAGAUGUGCUAUUCAUUAUGAACAGAUUGACACCAACAAAUUUUGAGCGCCUUGCUGUAGAAAUGAGAAAUUUGAAUAUACAGACAUAUGAGGAGCUCACAGACCUUGUAAAAAUAUUUUUUGAUAAGGUUACCAUGGAGACCAAAUUUGUGGAAGCAUAUGCACUACUGUGUAAAGUAAUGUCAUCAAUCAAAGUACCGCCACCUCCUGGAAUGAAAGAGAAUCAAGCAACCUUCAGAGUUGUCAUGUUGACUAAGUGUCAACAAGAAUUUGAAGCUGACAAGAGCAUUAUUUUUGAAGAUCCCGAAGAAAAGAAAAAGAAAAUUGAAUCAGAGAUGCCUGAAGGAAAUGAAAGAAAUGAGAAAAUAGAAGCCACAUUGUAUCAAAUGAAACUGAAAAGAUUGAAAUUUUAUGGCAAUAUAAGGUUUAUUGGAGAAUUAUUUAAACUUGGAAUGCUUACGGAAAACAUCAUGCAUGAUUGCAUAUAUCGACUCCUAAAAGCAAGAGAUGAUGAUUCAUUAGUUUCUCUUUGUCAACUUCUUACUACAGUGGGAUCAGUUUUAGACACAGAGAAAGCAAAAGUACGAAUGGAUCAAUAUUUUAAUCAAAUGGGAAAGAUUGCUGAAGAGCGAAAAUCAAGAAUCAAAUUCACAUUAAAAGAUGCAAUUGAUUUAAGAAAUAAUAAUUGGGUACCUCGUAAAGAACAAACAGGUCCUAAGAAAAUAGAUGAAGUUCACAAAGAUUUCCAGCAAGAGCAAUUUACAAAGCAGUUAAUGCAAUCUCAACCACCCCCACCUAGAACUGAUAUUGUGCAACCUAAUAGUCGUCGUGGAAGUAGACAGCGUCAAGAUGAUUUAAAGGCUGUUCAAGAUGAUGGAUGGAAUACAGUGGGUUCAAAGUCCCUUAGAAUAGAUGCAAGCAAAAUGAAACUAUCUAAGAAUAUAGUAGAUGAAAAUAGUAUUCAACUUGGUCCUGGUGGUGGAACCAGCAAGUUUGCCAUGUGGGGCAGGGGUAGUUUCGGUGGUUCACAACCAUCUCAAGAUGAUAGACCUGCUCCAGCUCCAUCUAACAGAUUCUCUUUACUACGUGCUGGAGGUGGCGGAGGAGCUGGGGAAGAAGAUCGCAGAAACUAUCAGAAAUCCCCAAGCCGUGGUGAUAAUGUUGCAAACAGAGGUAUCAGACAAGGACCUACAGUAGGUCAUGGCCGAGGUAAAAUUCUUUCAAGAUCCAUUACAGAAGGGGAACGAAGGGAUGCUCUUGGCAAUACAUGGCCUGCAUCUGGUGGUAGGUCUCAGAACUCAAGCAGGGAUAAUAGCUGGAAUCGUGAAGACCACAGGACAUUAGGACCUAGAGGUUCUCGAGAAAGAGAUAAUAUAAUGACUUCUAGUGAUAUAACACCUCGACCAUCUUCAGAAAACUCUGGGCCAGCUGCAGGUGGUGAUGUUGAUGAGCCAGGUAUAAAGAAAAUACACCCCCUUUCUGAAAAAGAAAUGGAACAUAAAGCAAAAACCAUUUUGGAAGAAUACCUUAGUGUUAUGGAUCUUGAGGAAGCGAAGCUUUGUUUGAAGGAAUUAAAGGGACAAGCUUAUCUAGAUAUUUUAGUCAGUGCCUGUAUUAAUGAUGUUCUUGAGAAAACAAAACAAAAGAGGGAGUUGACAGGUCAAUUUUUCCAUGAAAUGGUUAGAAACAAACUCAUUCCCCUAGACAUCUAUUUAAAAGGCCUAUCUGAAGUCUUACAGAUUGCUGAGGAUAUGGUUAUUGACAUACCUAUGAUCUGGUCUUAUCUUGCCCAAAUAAUUUCUCCUUUGCUAAUUGGUGGUUCAGUGCCUUGGUCAGAUCUUUCUCCAGCAUUGAAAACAAACAUUGAGAAAAAAUGUGCUGGAAAAUUGAUAUCAGAGAUUUUGUUAAUAGCCAAAGAAACUAAGGAUGAAACUGAAGCAGCUCAGUUAUGGCACAACAGUGGUCUAAACUGGUCAAUGUUUUUAGAAGAAUCUGAAAUUGACAAAUUUUUGCAAGACAAGAAACUGGAGUUCACCUUGGCUCCAGUGAAAGCAGGCUCACAGUCUAAAACAUCACAAGUUUUCUUUGACAGAAUAACACAGGAGAUUGAGAAAAUAGCGAAGGAGAAUGGAAAUAAUAAAGAAAUUUUAAACUAUAUUGAGAAAAAUGUUCCUCAAGAAAUGCAACAGCAGAAUGAGUUUAUUCGAGCAUUAGUAACAGCAAUAGCCAGUUCUUGUAUAACUUCCACCAAAAAACCAAGUGAUGCUAUAAAAAAUUGUAUCAAAAGUCGCAAGGAUGUUUUACAAUUGUUCAUUAAGAGCAAUGUUGAUUUAGAACUGCAAGCACUUUAUGCUAUUCAGGCAUUGAUGCAUAAAUUGGAACAUCCUUCAAAUGUUAUAGCUACCCUCUUUGAUGUUUUAAAUGAUGAAGAUAUUAUCAGUGAUGAAGCAUGUAAAAAAUGGGAACAGAGUACUGAUCCCCUUGAGGCAGAAGGAAAAGGUGCAUGCCUAAUGCAAUUGACACAGUUUUUUGCUUGGUUGAAAGAAAAUGAGGAUCCAGAAACCUCUUGAAAAUAGUUCUAAUCAUAGUCCACUUUAGUUCUGUAAUCUGCUCUUUCAAAAUGAUGUACAUAGUGAAAAUGUUAUAAGUGUUUGUAUGAUAGGCUAAAUUGCUAAUAAUAUAUAAAUCAAUUGUUUACAAUGCUAUUUAUAUGACCUCCCAUUCCAGAGUCUUGUAUUCUGCAAUUGUAAAUUGACGCAUUGGAAACAAGUGUGCUAGUCAGUAUGCUGGCCAUAGUUACUGACUGCAUGAUUAAAAAUGUUAAUAUUGAUUUAGCUUGGGUAGGAUUUUUUUUUUCUCGUGAUGUACAUAGAUGUGUACUGUGUAAAACAAAAUAAAAUGUUUUCAAUAUGUUGACUUAGAAUUUCAACACUAUUUUUCAAGUGAUGGUAAAAAUAAUACAUUUUUCUUCUCAGUGUCCAAGCAUUGAUAAUUGCCAAGUCAGUACAUGUAUGCAAAAUGUUUCUACAGUUGUUAAGACAAAAUCUUGCAUCUUUUUAUUUUAUUUCUAAUUUUAAUUCAAUCGUAGUACAAAACCUCUAGUAAUAAUUAGUUCAGUUAGGAAGAUUAAUUCAAUUUCUUGCAGUACUUGGCAUUUGUUUUGCUAUAAAAACAUAUUUUUUUUUUUAGAUAUAGCUUUUUCAUUGGUGUUGGUUUACACACAUUCAAAAGCCAGUUACUAUUGCUAAUCAUGCUUAUAAAUCUGUCAUCAAUUUGAGUAUAUUUGGCUCAGUGAUUUGGGUGAUUGAAUUUAUAUAUUAAAAUAUAUAUAUAUAUAUUGCUUGCCUGCAUCUCUGUGAGAUUGAGUGCAAUCAAUUACUUAAAAUUCAUGCCAUUUUUUUUUUAAAGCAAUGUUUGCUUGCCUUAUCUUUUUGUACUUUAGAGGAUCUCUUGAUAGAUUUAUUUCCCAUUUUGGAAAAGAAACCUAUAACAAAAAAUUUCUUGUUUCUGUAUUAGACACCAAAGUUACUUUCAUUUGAUUUAGACACUAACUUUUAGCCUUGACAGACAAUUUCAAAAUAUGUACUGACUUAAGAUUUUCAUUUUUUUUUUGUGUUAUCAGGACUAUAACUUUAUCCAAUGUAUUAUUGUGAGUGUAAAUAAUAAUUUAUAGUAAAACCUGUACAAAAAACUCAUGUUCCAAACCUUUCCCAAAGUAUGUGUUACUACAUAUUUUAUCAUCAUGAUUUGUAUGAGAGGUUGAAGGUCAUGGUUAAAAUGUGAACUCAGUUGGUGAUGGGUUGUUAGACAUUAUUGACAUCAUCUUGAUGAAUGUGACUCCCAUAAAACAGCUGUUUUUGUAAUGUUCAUGAUUUUCUUUUUGUCUGGCUCUUGGGAACAUUUUCCUUGAAUGGGGAAAUCAACUUUAACAAAUAGUUUUGAAGUUCAAAUCUGCACCAUGAACUUGGUUUAUAACAAUUUCAGGAAAAGCAUUUGAAAAAAAAAAAAAAUUGAACAAUUUGGUGAGGGAGUGUCAUUUAAAAUUUUCUCUCCCCAGAAACAACUUUUUUUCUGCCUGCUUUUGACUACUCCCUGAAAAACUAAACAUGCAUAAUUGUAUGCAAUUGUAUUUUUUUCCCUUGGUUUUGUAAAUACAUUUUAAAUAAUUGAAUUUGAAAAAAUCUAUUAAAAAAAUAAAAACCUU